AGUCUCGAGCAAUCGCUUCUGAAUGGAUGAUGACAUCGAUGAUCCUGAACCCGCCUGCCCUCCUCCAGCUUGGGCUUCCGACGUCAUUGAUGCCUGCAAAGCACGGGUUGGCUUGGAAGUUUACCCCCCAAGUGAUGACACUUUCCUCUUGCUGGAGGCUCUGGCAAGUGACAUAACGCUACUUUGCCGGAGUUCGGCCAGUUUGCUCUCGAAGUCGAUGGUUUGCCUGGAAAUUGGACCUGGAUCAGGGGCUGUGAGUGCUGGGCUUUCAGAGCUUUUGAAAGUUGAGGGAGCCAAAGAUGCCAAAGUUCUCCCAUUUUUCAUGGCGGUGGACAAAAAUCCCGCGGCCGCCCGGUGCACUUCAGCCGUUUUUCAGGCGCGAGAGGUGAUGGUGGCAGAUGUGAUCCAAGGAUCCUUAACAGACUGCUUGCGUCAAAGCGGCUUUGCAGACGUGGUCAUUUGCAAUCCACCAUAUGUCCCCACGGAUGAAGAUGAAAUGCAGGGCUGUGGAAUUUCAGUUUCCUGGGCAGGGGGAAGCAGAGGUCGUGAAGUCAUUGAUGUUUUGAUGCCCAAAGUUGCACGAAUUCUCUCAAAUAGAGGUUUAUUCUACUUGGUUUGCAUUGCCGAGAACGACCCCGAAGAGUUGCUUGAGAAUGGACGAGCCUUAGGGUUUCUUGCAGAGAAGGUUAAACAAGAACAGCGCGGAAUGGAGGAGCUCUUCAUCCUGCGCUUUCAGAAAGCAACUGAGUCAAGCUGAAAGGAGCUGGACAAAA